AUGGCGACCGGCAAACGCCCCAACUUCCUUAUCAUCGUGGCGGACGACCUUGGCUUUUCCGAUCCUGGCUGUUUUGGAUCCGAGAUUCGAACACCCAGCAUCGACAAACUGGCAAAGGAUGGUGUUAGGUCGACGGGUUUCCAUGCUGCUGCUGCUUGCUCGCCCACACGAGCGAUGAUAUUGACAGGAACGGACCACCACAUUGCAGGACUAGGGAAUCUUAUCGAGUGGACCGAUUUCUCUGGUCAGAACUUUCCGAAAGGCAGCAAGUAUAGUACAGCUCCUCAGCGAGGCAUGCCUGGCUACGAAGGAUAUCUGAACCAGAGAGUCGCUGCUCUCCCAGAGGUGCUUCAAGAUGGUGGCUAUCAUACCAUGAUGGCUGGCAAGUGGCAUCUGGGCCUCACAAAGGAACGAAGUCCACAAGCCCGAGGCUUCGACCGGAGUCUAGCACUACUACCAGCCUGCUCAAAUCACUACGAUUGGCGCCCCGAGGCUGACUUUCCCAAAUUCUUGGAGAAGAGCGUAAUUGCCUUACACAUGGAGGAUGACCACUACGUUAAAGAGCUGCCAGAUGAUUGGUACUCCAGCAAUGGCUAUGGCGAUCGAAUGCUACAGUAUCUCAAGGAGUGGAAGGAGACCGAAGACUUAUCCGAGAAGCCGUUCUUUGCUUAUUAUCCCUUCUCAGCACCUCACUGGCCCUUGCAGGCCCCCAAAGAAUACAUCGACCACUAUCGCGACGCUUACAAGGAGGGUCCAGAGGCACUUCGUCAAGCACGGCUGGAGCGGCUCAUUGAGCUUGGAAUGAUUCCCCAGGAUGUCAAGCCGCAUCCGGUGGUGGCGGACGAAGUUCAAGGGUGGGACGAAAUGGAUGAUUUCCACCAGAAGAUGUCGGCCACAUCCAUGGAGGCUUAUGCCGGUAUGGUCGAGUGUAUGGACUACAACAUCGGACGUGUCACUGAAUACCUUGAAAGCAUUGGGGAACUUGAUAACACCUUCAUCAUGUUCUUCUCGGACAACGGAGCGGAGGGCGCUGCUUAUGAAGCAUAUCCAAUGGUGUCAGGGCAGUUGAUGGAUCAUCUUGCGAAAUACUACAACAACAGUCUCGACAACAUUGGCAACAAGGACAGCUUUGUGUGGUACGGUCCUCGAUGGGCUCAGGCGGCAACGGCGCCCAGUCGGCUCUACAAGGCUUACACCACCGAGGGUGGAGUGAGAGUGCCAUGCGUUAUCCGGUACCCGCCUCUGCACAAGGGGAAAGAAGGCUCAAUUCACGAGACCUUUGCGACAGUCAUGGACAUUGCUCCGACGCUUCUAGAGCUAGGAGGCAUCAAGCACCCCGCUCCGGAAUGGAAGGGCAGAGCGGUCGUGCCUAUGCGUGGAAAAGACUUGGGACCUUGGCUGUCCGGUAAGCAAGAGACGGUCCAUCAAGCUGACGAGGCCUUUGGCUGGGAGUUGUGUGGUCGGGCAGCCAUCCGUAAGAACAACUGGAAAGCCGACUUCAUCCCGUUUCCCAAAGGCACUUCGGCAUGGCAGCUGUACGAUCUGUCAAAGGAUCCGGGCGAGACCGAGGAUCUGGCACAACAACAUCCAGAAAUACUGGAGGAAUUGCUCCAGCACUGGGAAAAGUACUGCGAGGAGACUGGGGUUGUACCACUGCAACCGGAGCUGGGAGCACGCUUCCACGAGGCAGUGGAAGCCCAGAUGAAGGAAGGUGCUUGGAUCGAGCUGGAGUACUGGAAGCCGGGUGCGAUGGACAAUGGCAAGUCCAAUUUGGAAAGCUACAUUCGCAACAUCGACAAGGUAGCCGACCCGCGCCAGAAAGAAGCCGUUGAGGCUUAG